CGCUGGUGCGCGUCACUGACUGUGCGAUGUCCCAUCUCCUGCCAACUUGACCGGACCUCAGGUUUAACUAGCUCAAGGCCUUGUCACCGGUCCCAAUUCGGUCAGGAUUAUGUUCUAUGCUCAGCCUCCAUGGGCAAAUUGAGGUUUGCAAAGCCCCGACCACUAAAUCCAAAACCAAAUCACAAGGUGGACGCCACCAAGUACGGAAAAGCAUGUUUUCAACCGCUUGAUGUGCAUCCCUUGUUCUCGUAGCGAUUUUCCUUCCAGCUUUUGCGAAUGAUUCGUUUUUAGUUCGUCCCGGGCCUGACUUCUUGGAUCUAUGGAGGGAGUUUUCUUUACGGUGCGUCGCAACUAUGUAAUGGCUCGGCGAUCGUUGGGCAUACGAGUACUUCCUUCCGGCAUCUCAGCCCCAUUUUCUGACAUAAGUAUGACGCUGUUGUCACAAUAUUCAGAACGAAUCUAUCAUCUACAUUACCGUCUAAACGCCUUUGGUUUCCUUGGUGCACCUGAACUGGCACAUGCCAUCGGAACGCUCAAUGCUCGCUUACACGAUAUGAUCAGUGCACUGAAAUGGGCGCAAGAGAAUAUCGGAGCUUUUGAAGGAAACAAGGAUCGAGUGACUGGUAAGUUCCUUCCUGAUCGAUUUGCAAAUGACCAAUGUGGACAACUGUCACCUGGCGAGUAUCAAUGUGUACAAUAGAGUAUUGUGCUCGCUGCCUCAAGAUGAAUGUCCAAAAUGAAAACCCAAGACCCAAUGCCAGGCAUGACACGCCACCCGACCUCACACUUUCGGCCGCGGAGUACACGUCAGACACACGGGAGUCCAGGCACAUGAACUAAGCAGGACCCCAGCCUAUAUGAUUUUGUAAUAGUAUAUCACAGGAACGCCC